UGGGUGCUUUCUGACAUGACGUUGGCCAUGGGCGGGGUUUUUCCAUUAGCAGGAAGCUUGACGUCACGUUUGUUUUGGGAGAACGACGGAGACGACAGGAAAAUGGAGCAAAGCGCUGAGGAUUAUAAGCUGAUAUUUGAGAAGGAGGGGGUAUACCUCCACACAAAUGCCAAGAGGAGUAACCAGGACACUAGCAUCCCAGGGUUCAUCCGUAUUGUGGAGCGGGCUGGGCUGCCAGCCCUAGAGUGGAGCCCACUGGAGCAUGAUAGUCGCAACGCUCCUGCUGUACUGUACAGCAAAAAGGAUGGUGAUGGAGGGGAAGAGGAUACAAACUUUGACCCAGGGUAUGAGCCAGACUGGGCAGUUAUAAGCACCGUGAAGAAAGAACGAGAACACGUCCCAGUCAAAAAUUCAGGUCAGUGGGCGUUCUCGCUGCCUCUCUCAGAGCUGUACUCUCUUCGGAGGUCUCGGUUCUCCUUGGGUCGAAACUUUCUCGUGCUGACUAGUAGAGGUGGCCACCCGCUGCCUCCUUUGCACUUCCACAGAGGAGGAACCCGGGAACUGCUGAGGGCACUUCAGCGCUACAUUAUUCUGGACCCGUCACCACUUGACGGGCGGCUCUUCCUUGCCUACCCCCAGGACUCAGGCACGCUCCCUCAGUCCUUUGAUAGGCUGCAGUUUCUUGAUGAUGGAGGCAAUGAUCUUGUCUCAAUUAUGCAUACAGAAAGCAAGAUGGGAUCGGCCAAAAACGAAACCACCAGAGCUUCAAACAGGUUCCACCAAGUCAAGUCAAGUGGCAUUUCAUUUCAACCAUAUGCAGUGAGAUUUAUCCAUGACCCGUAUGCCACUACAUUUGGUGGAUUCUCCAAAGUCACAAAUUUCUUCAGGGCAGCACUUCGGCCUCCAGAGUCCCCCAUCCACACACGUACUCCUCAGGAUCCCAGUUUGCCUCCACAGUCUGAUGAAGAGCCCGGAUUCGAACUCAUCACCUGCGGUGUGGAACUUGGUCCCAAACCAGAUGUAACAAGGGGACCGCCUCUGGAUAAGUGGGAGGAGUUUUUGGACUCUGAGGGGCGAGUGACUUGCCCAGAAAAAAUCAAAGAACUUGUGUUCAGAGGGGGCAUCACACACUCGCUGAGGAAGGAGGUAUGGAAAUUCCUGCUGGGGUUUUAUCCGUGGAACAGCACUGCCAAGGAAAGAGAGGACAUUCUUCGGGUCAAAACGGAUGAGUACUUCAGGAUGAAGGUGCAGUGGAAGUCUGUCAGUGAAGAGCAGGAGAUGAGAAACUCCCUCCUCAGAGGGUACAGAAGCCUCAUAGAGAGAGACGUCAACAGGACAGACAGACACAACACGUUCUUCUCUGGGAAUGACAAUCCGGGACUGACCCUGCUUCACGACGUGCUGAUGACUUACUGCAUGUACAACUUUGAUCUCGGUUAUGUGCAGGGGAUGAGUGAUCUUCUUUCUCCCAUCCUGUUCGUCACCCAGAAUGAGGUGGAGUCAUUCUGGUGUCUGACAGGCUUCAUGGAGCUGGUGCACCAGAACUUUGAAGAGUCUCAGGAGGCCAUGAAGCAACAGCUUCUUCAGCUCAGUAUCCUGCUGAAGGCACUGGACCCAGAGCUCUGUGACUUCCUGGACUCUCAGGACAGCGGCUCGCUUUGCUUCUGUUUCCGCUGGCUGCUCAUCUGGUUCAAGAGAGAGUUUUCCUUUGAGGAUAUCCUCACGCUGUGGGAGGUUCUCUGGACUCGUCUUCCAUGUGAAAACUUCCACCUGCUGAUCGCCUGUUCGAUCCUCGAGUCCCAGCGAGAAGAGCUGAUAGGCUCGAACCAUGACUUCAACACUAUUCUGAAGCACAUUAACGAGUUGACAAUGAAGUUGGACCUGCAGACUGUUCUGCGUGGAGCUGAGGCCAUCUACCUACAGCUGUUUCUGUGCAAGGAGCUUCCUGUUAUGGUGAAGCAGGUCCUGGGCCUCUACGUCCCACCCAGCUCAGAGGAAGAGAGCCCAGACUCACAGGCCAGCGAGACACAGCGCCUCCUCAGCCAAUCACAGGAAGGAGCUGCAGCUUCUAAUCCAGCGUGUGGCCCCAGCUACCCUUAAAUCUGAUUAUCAGCUGGUGGACUGACACUCGCUAAGAGAUGUGUAAAAGACAUUUAUAUAUGAAAUAUGUACUAAAUAUUAUCCCAUGGUAUGGAGUGAAGGCUGUUGUUACUGAUGGUCAGAGGCAGGGGGCACUGCGGAGGCUCUUUUCUCUCACUGUGUGUUCAUGAAAGUUACAAUCCAACAUGUUUAAACACUAUAGCCGUACUUGCAGUGCUGUUUUUGUGUGUAUGCUGUCCUCUUCUAUUUCCUUGUCACUUGUUUACAUCUCCUGUUUUCAUGACACUUUUGCUUCUGCUUUUACUUAUUAUUUAACUGUAUUAAUUCAUUUAUCCCUUGAUUACUUUUCAGUUUAUUUUGUUUUUUCUGACGGUUCCCUCACCACUCCUCCUGUAAAGGGAAAUAGACGAAGGAUAAACUCACUGGCAGCAUUUUGCUAGUACUGUAAGAUGCCAUUCCAGCCCUAUGCAAAGGUUGUGCAUGCCUUAUAGGUUCCACAUGCCGCUUUGGUAAUAUUAAGCCUUGUAACUAUAUGUAUGAUGUUCUAGCAUUUUCAUCUUAUUAUUACCAAAUAAAUGGUUGAAUCAUAACAAAA